CAGCGGGGCUGACACCAUGCCUCCCCGGGCACUUGCACAUCUGUUUUCUGCCCACAUGGCGUGCUGUCAGCAGCUGGAGGGCUGAGCCUUGCCCUGUCCCCAGCAUCUGGCCCAGUGCCCUCUGGGGAAGUCCCUCCUUGGGUCUGACCUGCAGCCCACUCUGACCACCACACAUUCCUUCCUGAGCCCUACACCCGGAGGCUGCUUCAUGGCAGCCAUAAAUAACCUACGUCAGUGAAUGAAUAAAGUCCUGGCCAGCAAGGCUUGCCAGAGACGCCAGGCUUGGCUGAGAGAGGGAUUCCGUGUCCCCUCUCUCUGACCCUGCAGCUGCAGUGUUCCUCCCCAGGCAGCUGCUGCAGCCCAGUUCGGUGCUCUAGCAGGCCCCCCAGCCCCAGCCCAGUCCCCAGCCUGCUGGCAGCUCCGGGAACACUCAGCACUUGCUGCCGCCACAGCUCCUUCGAAGAGCCAGCAAGGCCCAGCUUGACAGCCCAGAGGGUGCUGGCUUCCGCCUGUUCUCAUUCUGAUUGUUCCCUGUGUGUGUCCAUGGGAAGGAGGAGCUGGGCAACCGGGGAUUGGAACAUCAAUUAACAUCUGACCACUGCCAGCCCAUCCCCUCCCACCCACGUUGAUCAUACCUCUGGGCCGGAGAGAGAAAGCAGGUCUUGGAGAGGGCACCAUGAUUUCUCCCUUCUUAGUGCUGGCCAUUGGCACCUGCCUUACCAACUCCUUUGUGCCAGAGAAAGAGAAAGACCCCAAGUACUGGAGAGACCAAGCUCAGCAGACCCUGAAAUAUGCCCUCAGGCUUCAGAAGCUCAACACCAAUGUGGCUAAGAAUGUCAUCAUGUUCCUGGGAGAUGGGAUGGGUGUCUCCACUGUGACGGCUGCCCGCAUCCUCAAGGGUCAGCUCCACCACAACCCCGGGGAGGAGACCAGGCUGGAGAUGGACAAGUUCCCUUACGUGGCCCUCUCCAAGACGUACAACACCAACGCUCAGGUCCCUGACAGCGCGGGUACUGCAACAGCCUACUUGUGUGGGGUGAAGGCCAACGAGGGCACCGUGGGGGUGAGCGCAGCCACCCAGCGCACCCAGUGCAACACGACUCAGGGAAACGAGGUCACCUCCAUCCUGCGCUGGGCCAAGGACGCUGGGAAGUCUGUGGGCAUUGUGACCACCACGAGAGUGAACCACGCCACCCCCAGCGCUGCCUACGCCCACUCUGCUGACCGGGAUUGGUACUCAGACAACGAGAUGCCCCCGGAGGCCGUGAGCCAGGGCUGCAAGGACAUUGCCUACCAGCUCAUGCACAACGUCAGGGACAUCGAGGUGAUCAUGGGGGGAGGCCGGAAGUACAUGUUCCCCAAGAAUAGCACCGACGUGGAGUAUGAGAUGGACGAGAAGUCCAGGGGCACGAGGCUGGACAGCCUGAACCUCAUCGACAUCUGGAAGAGCUUCAAACCGAGACACAAGCACUCUCACUAUGUCUGGAACCGUACCGAACUCCUGACCCUCGACCCCUACACUGUGGACUACCUCUUGGGUCUCUUUGAGCCGGGGGACAUGCAGUACGAGCUGAACAGGAACAACGUGACUGACCCGUCACUCUCCGAGAUGGUGGAGGUAGCCAUCAAGAUUCUGAGCAAGAACCCCAAAGGCUUCUUCUUGCUGGUGGAAGGAGGAAGGAUUGACCACGGGCAUCACGAGGGCAAGGCCAAGCAGGCGCUGCACGAGGUGGUGGAGAUGGACCGGGCAAUUGGGAAGGCAGGCACCAUGACCUCCCUGGAAGACACGCUGACUGUCGUCACUGCGGACCACUCCCACGUCUUCACCUUUGGCGGGUACACCCCCCGUGGCAACUCUAUCUUUGGUCUGGCCCCCAUGGUGAGUGACACGGACAAGAAGCCCUUCACUGCCAUCCUGUACGGCAACGGGCCUGGCUACAAGGUGGUAGGCGGUGAGCGAGAGAACGUCUCCAUGGUGGACUAUGCUCACAACAACUACCAGGCGCAGUCCGCCGUGCCCCUGCGCCAUGAGACCCACGGUGGGGAGGACGUAGCGGUCUUUGCCAAGGGGCCCAUGGCACACCUGCUGCACGGUGUCCACGAGCAGAACUACAUUCCCCACGUGAUGGCUUACGCAGCCUGCAUCGGAGCCAACCAGGACCACUGUGCCUCGGCCAGCUCGGCAGGCGGCCCUUCUCCAGGCCCCCUGCUCCUCCUGCUGGCCCUGUUCCCCUUGGGCAUCCUGUUCUGAGGGCCCAGGGCCCAGGCACCCACCAGCCUAUGACGGAUGGCCAGCCUCCCUCUCUCAGCGCGGCCCACUGCCUGGGAACCCACACCUCAAGGGCCAGGUAGGCAGGAACCUUCACAGCCUCUACAGCUGCCAGAAAGAGGACCCAGGAAACCAAAGUCUGCUGCCCACCUCGCUCCUCUCUGGAAUCCUCCACUGGGGCCAGACCAGUUCCUGGCCUCUGGCCUCUGCUCCUUCCUGCUGCCCCUUUGGCCAACAGAGUAGGUUUCUCUGGGCAGGCAGAGGAUGCAGACUGCAGAAAUUCUCAAAGGAUCUUAUUUUUCUAGCAAACACAUUUCUCCAGACCCGGAGGCCCUGGAGCUUCCAUGGAACAUUCCGGAUCUGAUCUUCCCACUCCCCCUCCCCUUUUAGAACCACCAGGCCCCAUCGUGCUCAUGUCCGUACACCUGCCGGGAGACCCGGUUCUUCUCCGCAGGAGGGGGGUUUGCUCACUCAUUCCAGAGCCGCUGGGGGCUCCCAGGAAGUGAACUGGGACUGGCCAUCUGACCCCAGGGCUUCCUGGGCUCGGAAGAGGAGCCUGGACAGGCAGACCUUUCUCAGCUCUUAACACACAUGCCCACUCCUCUCUGAAGGAACACUCCUGUUUGGAACGGCAAAAAAAAAAUUUUUUUUUUUUCUCUUUUUGGUGUUGGUUAAAAGGGAACACAAAACAUUUAAAUAAAACUUUCCAAAUA